AUGAGUUUAAGUCCAUUACCUGAUAAAUUUAAAGGAAUAACUGAUUUGGUAUUACUUGUUGAUACAACUGGGAAUGAUGAUUUGGAUAAAAUUAUUAUUCCUGAUAUCCCAACUGUAGGUCAAAUAUUAGACCAUAAUAAUCAUAAUGUUAACUAUAAAGAAUCUCUGAAAUUCUUCUUUGACAAUGUUCGUAGGUUUAAAGGCUCUCCUUACACUAUAAAUAUAACAUUGCAAUUCAAACUUGGACUCCAUGAUGAUGGAAGUUCAAUGAAUGAUUUAUUAUUAAAAGCUAAUUUCAUCCAACAAAUAGGAUGUUUCAAAUUCAAGUUUUAUAUUUUUAAAAUAGUAACCCAUCAAUGUCCUGAUCCUUUCGUAAUGCCUGCAUUAGGAUAUUUCCAAUUCUUAGAUUGCAUUGGAUUUAGAUUUGAUACUGAUGUUAUUCCUAAACGUGUGAGUGAGAAUGAAAUAUCCAAUAUGAAAUACUACAAGCAUACAGUAAAUUAUCAUAUUCCAAUCUCAAUUCUAUGGUUGAGAGAAGGACUUCAAGAAUUGCAUUUGGGUCAAAAGGUAAGAUUAUUAGGAUCCGAAGUCAUCCAUCUUAAGUUUCCAAACUUAGUUAAUAUCGGUUUCGAAUGUUAUGAUUUAAUUUCUUGUCAAAAUUGGAAUGAAAUGUCAAAAUACUUAUGGCAAGCAAAAGAAAUUCAUCUCUAUGGUACUAGUUUCGAAGUUGAUUUAAAUAAAGAUUACAUUGAACAGUUCCCUAUUAAUCCAUAUUCCAUUAAUUACUUAGAAAAGGAAUCUAUUCAAACAUUUCAAGACUAUAUAAAAAUGAGUUCAAGUCCAUUGCCAAAACAAUUUAAAUCAAUAACUGAUUUGGUAUUACUUGUUGAUACAACUGAAAACGAUAAUUUAAAGGACUUUAUUAUUCCUGAUAUUCCUACUGUAGGUCAAAUAUUAUACCAUAAUAAUGACAAUAUUGACUAUAAAGAAUCUCUGAAAUUCUUCUUUGACAAUGUUCGUAGGUUUAAAGGCUCUCCUUACACUAUAAAUAUAACAUUGCAAUUCAAACUUGGACUCCAUGAUGAUGGAAGUUCAAUGAAUGAUUUAUUAUUAAAAGCUAAUUUCAUCCAACAAAUAGGAUGUUUCAAAUUCAAGUUUUAUAUUUUUAAAAUAGUAACCCAUCAAUGUCCUGAUCCUUUCGUAAUGCCUGCAUUAGGAUAUUUCCAAUUCUUAGAUUGUAUUGGAUUUAGAUUUGAUACUGAUAUUAUUCCUAAACAUGUUUUGAAAGUUGCAUUUGGGUCAAAAGGUUAG